AUGGCGAUGAAGCAAAUUAUUCUCCUGAUCACUGGUUUGCUUUUCUGCGCAGAAGAGGGUAAGUUUUAAUGUCGGCAACGUAGAUGACCUAGUUUAAUCAAAGAGUUCUUAUUGAAUCGAUAUGUUUCUAUGCAGUUUUCAUUCAUAGGCCAUGAGGUUCGGUCUAGUUCUAGGUCUUUUUGCUAACACACAGAGUCAAAAAGUCUGUUUCUCGCCAUAAUGGGAUAUACCCAUUGCAGAUUAAGCGACUAUUAAACGCUUUCAACAGUAUAUCUUAAGUCAAAAGGUUUUUCUGUCUUUGGAAAAGGUUUAGGGACAAUACCGUUAAGUUCCCAAAGUAACGAACCCCCGAAAGUAGCGAUAAAAUUUCACAGGUGUUAGGAAAUGCUGGCCUGUUCCAGGCGUUCAAAUCGUGGGGAAAGCGCAAGAGAUGUGACCAUUAUCCGAACGCCUGGAACAGGCUAUGGAACUGAUGCCAAAAGUAGCGACUUCAAAAGUGAUUUCCUUUCUUGCUAGAAAUAACUGAAAUUAUAGUUACACUGAAGUUUCACCAAACUGAUCGGAUAUUUAUUUUUUGACGGUUAUUAUGAUCUUUGACAUUCCCUUGUGUAACUCAAAAGGUACGUUACAUUCAAAAUAGAUUCAAAAUAGAUCAAAACAAAAAUCAAAACCGUUAAAUAGAUAAAGUCCAGAGUCUGGGAAAUAAAAAGGAGGUAAAUAUGCAAAGACCCUCGCCAAGAUUCAGGCUAGAGGAAUAUUUCGUAUACGAGAUAUCCGAAGAAAUGUUUUCACAAAAUUAAUAGAGAUUUGUAUGGAGACAUCAUGCUGGUGCCCAUCCGGAUGGGCAACAACAUGGCGGACGAAAACCAACAGAAACAUCUGUUACCGAGGUUUGCUACAAAAGCGUGAAUUUAUUCUUCGAGGAACUCUUCAAACAUUAAAGUUAUACUUUUUCUAAUACAUGAACUGUUUAGAUAGCAAAAUUCCCUGAAUAAGUAAUUUUUUUAACCUACAUGACAGCUCUCUUGGCCAUCAUGUAAAUGCCGCGUCACGCAAAAGCUUACAAAUUCAAGCGUACUCUAUCACAAAGCCAAGAACCCUUUUGAAGCGAAAAUUUAUAAGAAAAUUAGUUUUCAGCUCUUGUAAUACGCUGUGAAAGUAAAAUCUCGGUAGGAUCGAUAGUUUUGUAGUUUGAAUGUCAUGUGCAAACCAACAUUUCUUUCGUCAUAUGAAUAUUUAUUUAAAAAGCAAUAACAUGAAAUAAGUUUCUCCAAAUAAAAAGUGUGGUUGUUUUCACAAUUGUCGCGAUAUUAUUAUCGUACCUUCGUACGCCUCAUGUACGAUGCACGUUGUAGUUACCCGAAAUUAGUGGCCCUUCAUUAUGAACUCCCGCUUCUACGAAAUUUAACGACGUUUAGCGUGCGAAGCAAAACACACUCAGAAGCAACUGUUACAAUUUUUUACAAAAUGUUUUUUUCAUUUAGUUUUUAUUCAUAUAUUUAUUUGAGAAGUAAAAUUUCGCUUUAAAUCUGACGUUUUGAAAUAAUAAUAAAAUUGACACGAUCAUCCGCUAACUUGACUGCAAGCCAUUCCUUUUUUUUCUUUCGUGAUAAUUUGCUGUCGAGGAUCAUUUGCGGUCCAUUUUGGGGAUCAUUUGCGGUCUUGGGAUCAUUUGCGGUUGGGGAUUAUUUGCAGUACUGUACAGUACUCCCUUAUACAGGCUAUAUAGGUAUGUGCGGCACCAAAGGAUAUGGGUUUUCAGCCGUUUUGGUCUCAAAUAGGGUAUCAAUUUUGACCAUUUUGGUCUGAAGUAGGGUAUGGUUCGUGCACUCUAGUCUUCAAUUGGGUGUGUUUUUAAGAAGAAGCUACUUCUCAAUUCAUCAUAAGGCGAUAAUACCAUUUCCCUUUAAGCUCGAAACUUUGUACAGUUUUGUAUCCUACUUAAUAAAAGCGUAUAAACAUUGCCUUUGACAUUGGUCUGACCGAAAGAACUGAUUAUAAGGCAGGUCUGAAAUAGAGUAUCAAAUUUUUGAUCAGGUCUGAAACAGGGCAGGGAAAAUCACAGAUUUUAGUCAAAAAUAGGCAAAUGUUAUAGGAAGCGUGCCGCUCACCCCCCACUCAAUUUUUCUGGUAGUGCCCCCCCCCCGGAACCGAUGUUACGAAAAGUAGAGAACUUAAGAACAAUUCAACAGUAGGGAGUUUCACAUGUUUCAUUUUUCUGAAAGUUCAACUUUUAAGCCACCACACCUUAUGUGUACCACAUGUCCUAUAUGAUGUACAUUCCUGAAUUUACGAUUAUAUAUUUCCUAUGAAACAUUACCUAUGAAGCAUUUAUAUCGGAACAGAACUAUGAAUUUCGAUCUCUAGUUUUAGCUGGAUUUCAAAUUCGUGUGAUUGAUUCGGAAGGUUAGAAUUGAAUAAAAUCAAUUUCGUAUUUACUCGAAUAAGCGCCGCGGCGCUUAUUUAACUUUUCGUGUCUCCGGUGCGGCGCUUAUUCGAGGGCGGCACUUAUUUAAAAGGCUCAUACCACAAAGACAAGACAUUUUGAUUGUACAAUUAAAUUCACUUCAUGAGUAUUUUUUCAUGGCUUACCGGCUUCAAGCUGACCUAAGUUUUGGCUUUCAUGACAGCCUCGUCAAUACUUUUCUACAGUUUUUCAACAACUCUUAACUCGAUGUCAAUGUCCUGACUGUUGCUGUUCGUGAACUAUCGCUUUUUUUGACCUUCUUCUUACUAGCAAACGCUGACAAUCUCCUUACUGUAACGGUUACAGGGAAGAGAAAGAGGGAGGUUGGGCUUGUCGUACCGGCGAAGUUUACAGCCUUCACGCAAGAACUGAAAACGCGAAGAUUUAGAAGAGAGAACUGAAUGAAAGAGCGUCGAGAUAUACUCACUUUGAACUAAAAAACAUCGCUAUUGAUGAAAAUAAGUUCCCACUGCUGGUUUAGAACCGCAUUGCAGCCAUUACAGUGUAUUUUUAUCGUCUUAAAAAAAUACUCGAAUAAGCACCCAGCUUAUUCUGGUGCGGCGCUUAUUCGGGUAAAUAUGGUAUUUAACAUCAUUCUUGACAACGUCUUGACAACGAUUUUUGCGGUAAUAAUUGAAACCAAAACAUGUUGUAUUGAUAGCACCGGCUAACCAACAUGGACCAUUUUCCUACAGGUCAUGCCUUUAACUGUAUAAAGUGCUUUGGUAACAUGGAGAAAUGUAACAGCAGGAACGCUAAAAGCGUUACUUGUGUGACCGGCCAGGACAGAUGCGCGAAAUGGAUGACGAGCAAGGACGGCAGAGAAUAUGGCAUAUACGGGUGCGCAACUGAACAGGACUGCAUGACAGUUCCCGAAUCUUGUAGAGCGGUCGAGAGAGACAACGCCAGGGCAGAGUGUUUGGCGUCCGAAUGCUGCAGUACACCGUCUUGCAAUGUACCUCCACCAAAAAGUAUGGUGCCUCACUUUGUUAUAACAUUCAAACUGAAUUUUAUUGUUGUUAAUCACACUAUAGGAUCAUCUCCAGGAUGACCGGUGGGUAGUAGGUAACAAUUUCGUUUUAAACUAGCCCUUUAUGUGUUGGUAAGUCACAUGGCACGAGAACGGCAACCUGGAGAACAAGCAACAUGUAGGACCUUAACGGUCUUUUGUAUCCGUUUGAAUGGGGUCGAAAGUUUUAACUAAUUUGAACUGCCUUAGCGAAACAACCUCAUCCAGGCUAGUCCAACAAGCUCAUGGCUUUCUAUCACCAACUUCGUUGUGAUAUGUCAUCUUCAGAAUCAAAACUGAUAAUAUAUUUCAUUUAUAAUAACUCUCAGAUGACAGAUUGAAGUGCUAUAUGUGUCAAAGCACCAUUUCCAUGGACGACUGCGAACAAAAUAGAGAGUCUGGACGCUGCAGAGAGGGACAAACAAAGUGUGGCAAGUUUACCACUGAAUUGAUGAUGCAAGGAAAGAAACUCAUGCUGUAUCGAAAGGGAUGCCAAAACAACACGACCUGUAUACAGGAAAAUGAUUUGUACGGCCAGGCUUGUGGGUCUGACGACACCUGCGAAUUUAAGUGUUGUGAAGGAGAUUUGUGUAAUGCUGGCUCAUUUGCUUCUGUCAGCGUUGUCUCCCUCUUUAUAUGCGUUUUGCUGUCUAUUCGUUACGACUAA